AUGUCUUCUAAUCAAACAACGUUUAUAUUUACUUAUUUAUUGCUUAUUUUAAAGUUGAAUAUAAUUUAUGGAUUCGAUGCUGGAUUUAUAGAAUUCGCAUCAUCUCAUCAACAGAAUAAAGACACAACACAUUAUGGCAUGACUAUUUGUGCGCUAUGUCGUGUAACACUUGACUUUUUAAAAUCAACAUAUAAUGUAGACACAACAUAUUUAGAUACAAAAUUUGACGAAACCAAUGGUCAAUGUGAAGGAAAUAUUGUUCGAGGUAUAAUAAGUCUAUUAAGAACUUCUCAAAUGAAAGGUAUUAAUCCAUGGCUUUAUUCAAUCACAGUUAAAACAAUAGCUU